GUUAUGCUGAUGAACUACAAAAAUUGUCAAGUUUAGGUGGCGUUUCACUACUUCCGGUAUCUUUUUUUUCAUAAAAGGGGGCUGACAUGUGAUCGUAUUGGGCACGUCGGGUCGGUAGUGGAACUUUUGCUUUGAAAGGUCAGUAAUGACCUCAUGACACCACUAGGCUCUCCUUUACUUUAGGGAGUCGUCCAGCAGCGAAGUCUAGUUUAUUUACUCAGGUUGCCGAUUGAAGUUAUCACUCUUUGCUAGCUAGGAGGAACGUUAGCAGGCCAAUUAAUAAGCUGUUCUUUGGUGUUUUUCCGCUCUCUAAGAGCAAUGGAGAAAGCUAAACAAGAUGCAUUUGAUAAUGCCAGACUUCAAGUGAUCAAAGAUGGCUAUGAAAGGGCCUUCGAGUGCAUCAAUAAAGGACUCACUGCAGAUGAAGCCGGAGACAAGAGUCAGGCCCUGGAGCUCUACAAGAAAGGACGACAGCACCUUCUUAGGGCUAUCAGUGUACCUUCGAAGGGGGAAGAGUGUGUUGGCAACUCCUGGGAAUCAGCAAGGCAGAUGCAGCAGAAGAUGCAGGAGACCCUGAACAACAUCACCACCCGCAUGGCCAUACUAGAGACCAGCUCUGACCCUGAAUCUGCAGUAUCUGCCCCUGAUGCAACAAGCAUUUCUGCAAAAGGUCUCUACCCAGGACUUCCCACCACAGAGAAGCCAGUACGGCCGCCUCCACCAGACAUUCCUUCUGCUAAUGGUCAGCCAGCUAGAGCUGUAGGAGCUUUGCCUCCAAGCGGAGGAGUGGGUCUACCCCUCUCACCUACCAGACCCUCUGCGGUUCCUGCCGAACAGCCUCCAGCCUACUCUCCUCAGGCAGCCGAUGGUCACAUAUCAGUCUCAUAUGGAACAGAUUCAGGGGAGAUGUCAUUGGUCGGGGAAGAGUUCUACAGUCAUACAUCUAACUCGACACCUUCCCCUCAGAGCAUAGGUGAAGAUGGAGAGGAGCUGCUGUACAUUCCCAACGGUGUGCAGAUAUUUUUUGUCACACCUGAGGGGCAAGUGAGCGCUCCCUCAUACCCCGGCUACCUGCGGCUGGUGAGGUUUACCAGCGAUCACUCAGACAGAGUGCCUAAUCGACCACCAGCAUUUCUGCAGGUGUGUGACUGGCUGUACCCUCUCAUGGCCAUGAACUCUCCAGUGUUACUCUGUAACACUGGUGUGUUUAUGUUUCCGGACAUGAUGGCACCAGCUCCAGGGUAUUAUGUGGGAGUGGUUUUGUCCUCUGAGCUCCCUGCUACAGACAGAGGACUGUUUCAGGACCUGUUGUCCCAGAUGACAGAUCUGAGGGUUCAGGCUCCAGAAGAAGCUGCAGAUACCAUUAAUCUCAGCCAGAAGGUGUCUGUUGAUACACCUGAGCAACCAGCAGAGGCUCCUGCAGAGACUCCAGCAGAGACUGAAGAGGAAAAGACUUUACCUGAAUGGAGUGAAAAGGUGGCAAGCGGGAUCCUGACAGGUGCAUCCUGGCUAAGCUGGGGACUGGUCAAAGGAGCUGAGUACACAGGCAUAGCCAUUCACAAAGGGGCAGCUAAACUCAGAGAACAUAUCACUCCAGAGGACAAACCCACCCCCGUCAGCCCCACAGUCACAAAAGGCCUCCAUGUUGCCAAGCAAGCUACAGGAGGAGCUGUCAAAGUCAGCCAGUUUCUAGUGGAUGGCGUGUGUUCUGUUGCUAGCUGCGUGGGUCGAGAGUUGGCUCCACAUGUGAAAAAACACGGAGGCAAGCUGAUCCCAGAGUCUAUGAAGAAGGAUAAAGAUGGGCGUUCCAACAUUGAUGGAGCCAUGGUGGUGGCUGCAAGUGGUGUGCAAGGAUUUGCAACCAUGUGGACAGGUUUGGAAGUAGCAGCAAAGGACAUAGCUACAAGUGUAGCUUCAGAAACAGUGACCACCGUAAAACACAAGUACGGAGCAGCGGCAGGACAAGCCACAGACCACGCUGUCAAUUCUGCCAUUAAUGUCGGUAUCACUGCCUUCAAUGUUGACAACCUGGGGAUCAAAGCUGUGGUGAAAAGGACUGGCAGGCACACAGCGCAAGCACUUUUGGAAGACUACAAGAUUCAGAAAAAACCUGAAAAUGGGACUCAAGUGGAGAAGUUGGAGAAAUAGCUGGUAGUGUCUUGCCUCAUUCCCACAGCAAUGCCUUAAAACAAAAUUUGUAAUUUCUAUUAAAUCAUUCUAUAUUUAAUAUUCUUUAUUUAUAAAACUGGUUCUAGAUUUACAAGGUAACUACUGAUUAUAUUCAUAUCCUAUAGUUUGAUACUGCUUGGAACUUGCACUUUAAUAUUUAUGUAAUACAGGAAGAUUGGACCUAAAUGUGAAGGACCUGAAAAUUAUAUAAUACACACCAAAAGAUUAAUUAUAAAUGAUACAAUAUCCUACAUAACAUUUAAUUCAUUUUGAACUGUUUAACACUGCUGUUUGUAUGAAGAAAGCUUUGUUCUUGAAUAGAGACCUAAUUAUUUAAUAUGCAUUUGUGUGUUUCCCAUAAUAGCAAAUGUGUUUUAAACAAAAGAUGAUGAAAUAUGUGUGCAUAUUUACUUUCACAUAUAUUUAAGACCAAAGUAAUACCAGCUGUACUGUUUCACUAUGGUGUUGAAAAUGUCAAGUUAUCUCUGCUUCUAACUGUGCCUUCAAAUAUCAAAUGAUAACGUUAAAAAUAUUUCAAGCUCCAAAAUUUGACUAAAACGCAACAGAUUCUGGACAAGUAUGUAGUCUCUCUAUACUCAAUCAGUAACCAGUAAGAUGUAAAUGCAUCUCAGGAGUCUAAAAGAUGUUGUGCUCCAGUCUGCAGGGCUUGCUUCUGUAUUUUCGACUUAGUUGUAGCCAUGUUAUUUUUAAAUGUGGCUUAUUGUAUUUCAUAAAAAAUUCACUGUAAUAUGUAAACAAAUAUAUCCCGAAGAGUAUUUGUAAUGUUUAAAUGGCCUCUAGUUGCACAUUGAGAUUUUGUUCCCAGCUGAAUUACUCAAUAAAGAUGAAGACUAAAUGAAGCAUC